GGGAGGAGGCGCCAGUGCCGCCGCCUCCUCCCUCCUCCUCCUCGUCCUGCGAUCGUCCUCGCUGCUACGGCCGCCUCUCCGCCUCCUCCUCCUCCUCCUCGGCCAUGCGAACCCGGCUGGCCCGUCGGGGCUGCGCGCUUUUGGCCUUGUUGAGCGCGGCGGUUUUUCUAGCUCUCCAGCUGCCUCUGUCUCCUUUCGGGGCGCCCCCGGGAGCCCGAGCUGGAAGAGGGACCUCCGGGGGUCUUUCCUCCCCACUGCCCGAGCAACUCUCCCAACCCGUCCAGCCCAAACCGCCUCCGGAUCCCUCUGCGCCGGGAGAAUGGGGCAAAGCAUCUCACCUGAGCUUGGAUGCGGAGCAGAAGCGACAGGAGGAACGCUUGCUGGACCGCUACGCCAUCAAUGUCUACCUUAGCGACCGCAUCUCGCUGCACCGUCACAUCCAGGAUGGUCGGAUGCCUGAGUGCAAAGCCAAGACAUACGAAUACCGCGGGCUGCCCACCACCUCAGUGGUUAUCGCCUUCUACAACGAGGCCUGGUCCACCCUCCUGCGGACGGUGCACAGCGUCUUGGAAACCAGCCCGGCCGUCCUACUCAAGGAGGUCAUUCUGGUGGAUGAUCUCAGUGACCGGGCGUACCUGAAGGGCCAGCUGGAAGCCUACCUCAGCCGCCUGCCCCGGGUGCGCCUGAUCCGCACCCAGAAGCGCGAAGGGUUGGUGCGUGCCCGGCUGAUCGGUGCCACUUUUGCCACUGGAGAAGUCCUCACCUUCCUGGAUUGCCAUUGCGAGUGCAUCCCCGGAUGGCUGGAGCCCUUGCUGGAACGUAUUGCCUGGAACGAUUCCGUCGUCAUCUGUCCGGUGAUCGACACCAUAGACUGGAAUACGUUCGAGUUUUAUAUGCAAUCCGGUGAGCCCAUGAUCGGCGGCUUCGACUGGCGGCUCACCUUUCAGUGGCAGGUGGUUCCUGACUAUGAGAGGCGACGCCGGAAGUCCAAAGUGGAUCCCAUCCGAUCGCCCACUAUGGCCGGCGGCCUCUUUGCCGUCAGCAAAAAAUACUUCGAAUACCUCGGCACGUAUGAUACCGGUAUGGACGUCUGGGGCGGUGAGAACUUGGAACUCUCUUUCCGUGUCUGGCAGUGCGGCGGUGUCUUGGAAAUCCACCCGUGUUCCCAUGUUGGACAUGUCUUUCCGAAACGGGCCCCAUACGCCAGGCCUAACUUUCUACAAAACACCGCCCGGGCCGCCGAAGUCUGGAUGGACCACUACAAAGAACAUUUCUACAACCGGAAUCCUCCUGCACGUAAGGAGAACUUUGGCGACCUCACUGAACGGAAACUCUUACGGCAGCGUCUGCAGUGUCAGAAUUUCGACUGGUAUUUGAAAACCGUCUUUCCCAAUUUACACGUCCCGGAGGAUCGGCAGGGCUGGCACGGCGCCAUCCACAACCUGGGCAUCUCUUCCGAAUGUUUGGAUUACAACUCCCCGGAACACAAUCCCACUGGAGCUCACGUGAGCCUUUUCGGAUGUCACGGCCAAGGGGGCAAUCAAUUCUUCGAAUACACGUCCAAUCUGGAAAUCCGUUUCAAUUCUGUGACUGAACUCUGUGCCGAAGUGCGAGAGCAGAAAGAUUUUGUUGGCAUGAGAAAUUGUCCCAAGGAUAAGUCUCCCGUGCCGGAAAUCAUAAUAUGGCAUUUUAAAAAAGAUGGAACCAUCUACCACCCACACUCCGCCAAAUGUCUGAGCGCUUUCCGUACACCAGAGGGUCGCGCAGACGUAAAGAUGAGGACGUGUGAUCCGUCGGAUAAAAACCAACUCUGGAAGUUUGAAAAAUAGACCCGGAUCGCCUCCUAAAAUAUAAUUCCUGCCGAUAUAAAGUUUGGGCCUCUUGAAAUAACUUUUCCCAAGAUUUCCAGAUGAGAACAACGGAUUGGGGGGGGGGAUAAGAUUUGUGGAUCGGUUGGUGAAAAAGUGCCUUUUUUUAAAAAAAAAAAAACUGAGUGAUUGGCAGAACACAACAACACUUCACACACAAGUUGAAGUGUGUUUGUUCUGCACAGAUUACGACAAACGGGAUCAUCCCGGGAACGGGCUAAAUUCGAGGGAACUAAAAACAGCACAAUAAUUGUUCCAUUUUUAAGAUUUGCUAAAGGAUGCACAAGGUUGUGAAAUUCAGGAAAUGGUUUUUCUGAAGCUGGACCAGAAGCAUUGCUUUCAUAUGAUUUUUUUCAACCUUGGCAACUUUAAAAUGUGUGGACUUCAACUCCCAGAAAUUCACUUCGAUGUGUUUGGCUAGGGAAUUCUGGGAGUCGAAGUCCACACAUCUCAAAAGUUGUCCUGGUUGGGAAAAACUAUAAUGAAUGAUGCUUUAACAAGUGUGCCAAAAUGCAACUUAUGGAAUUAGGGAAUUCCUUGUUUUAGGACCGACUUUUAAUUCCUCUCCUUUGCUCAACGCAUCUCUCUUGUCAUUAGAUUUAGUGUUUAAAGCAGUAUUUAACUAGUGUUUAGUUAAAUGAGUUAAACAAGAAUUUUACUAAUGAUUGGUUAAAUUGGUUAAAUGAGUGUUUAAUCUUUGGUUAAAUUGGGUAGAUUGGUUAAAUUGGCUAAACACGUAAAUUGCUUAAAUUGGUUAAACAAGUGUUUAGUGUUUAUUUAAAUUGGUUAAAAGAGUGUUUAGUGUUUCUGUAAAUUGGUUAAAUGAGUGUUUUACCUGGUAUUUGGUUAAAUUGGGUAGAUUUGUUUAACCAAUUGAAAUUGGUUAAACAAGUGUUUAAUUAGUGUUUGGUUAAACUGGUUAAACAAGAGUUUAGCGUGUUUCCUUAAUUGGUUAAACGAAUGUGAGGGUUUGGUUAAAUUGUGUAGAGUGGUUAACCAACUGUUUAAUUAGCGUUUGUGUCAGUUGAUUAAAUUGGUUAAAUUAGUUAAACAAGUGUUUAACUAGUGUUUGGUUAAAUUGGGUAGAUUGAUUAAAUUAGUUAACCAAUUGUUUAGCUAGCAUUUAUGUUAAGUGAUUUAAUUGGCUAAACAAGAGUUUAGUGUUUGUGUAAAUUGGUUACACAAGUGUUUGGUGGAAGACUGAAAUACUUUAAACACUCAUUUUUAAUAGGAGUGCAGCUAGGGAAAACUUGAUAGCCUUCUGUGGGAGGAAGGGGAAAUUAAAAAGCAAUAAAAUAUUGGUUAAUAUUUCUAAUCAAUCCCAAAGUGAAAUUGAUUUGGGAAGGCAGGCAGAAAUAAAAUCAGUUUUAGCCAAGAUUGAAAGAAUGAAAUAGCCAAGGAUUCCUCUUUGGCCUGUGUUAAAAAGACAGAAAACAUUUGUGCUAAAUUUCAAAAGCUCCAGUUUGCAAGUUAUUAUUAUUAUUGUUUUGUGUGUGUGGGAAAAAAUGGGAUUAACCAUCUCUGCCUCUUUAGACAAUCAAUCCUCUUUUUUAAGGGCAGGGGGACUUUUGGCCGGGUUCUUCAUGCAUCAUCUCUUACAAUGAACAUUUUGCUUUUCUUGAGGCCUAGAAACUUUCCAUCGAAAAGGUUAUUUAUCUUGAGCUGGGUUUUUAAGGCAGCGUCCUCCAUCCUCCUUAGCUACGUGGCAGAUCCGUGAGUAAGGAGUGGUAGUAACCAGUGAGGGCUUGUUUGUUCCCAAGGUUGAAAUCUCGUAACCUCUACCGAUGCCCUAAAAAAAUUCCAUUUGCCAAAUAUUGAGAAUGCCCUGGCCAGCCAAAUCUGGGGGGUUGCCAAAUUUUUAAACGUUUCAUAUUAAAAUAAAGGGAAUUUCACAGCUCGAUCUUGGCGGGGCUAAAAGAAAAACAGGAAAAUUAAAAACAUCACCAUAAAAGCACACGUGAGUCAUCGGCCUUCAACCUCAAAGCUUCUGGAAAGUUUUUAUAGACUGUAAAUAGAGCAGAAGAACAAAGUCACAGAAUUGGAAGGGACCUUGGAGGCCUUCUAGUCCAACCCCCUAAUCAGACAGGAAAUGCUUCUCCUUCUCUCUUCCUUCUCCUCUUCUUCCUCCUCCUCCUCUGAAUAACAGUUUGAAGGGACCUUGGAGAUCAUCUAGUCCAACCCCCUGCUCAAGCAGGAAACCCUUUUCUCCUCCUUCUCCUUCUCAGAAUAACCAAGUUGGAAGAGACCUUAGAGCAGUGGUUCUCAAUCUUUAUAGUGCUGUGACCCCUUUAAUACAAUUCUCCACAAUGUGGCGACCCCAAUCGUAAAAUUAUUUUCGUUUUGAAUUAUCGCGCCUGAAGCCUUAUUGGCUAGCGAUCUGAACUGCUUGCGAUUGCCUUGAGGACGGAGGCAUUAAAGCGGAGACUCCUCCUCUAUUAAGUUUAUGGCGCCUGAAGCCAGAUUAGGCUAGCAAUUGGGAGUGAUUGCAGCUGGCUUGAGAGGGAGACAUCAGAGCAAAGAUUUCUCUCUUUUUUAAUUCAUCGCGCCUGAAGCCGAAUUCGGCUAGCGAUUUGAAGAGCCUGCAGCUGGCUUGUGGAGUCAACCAUUGUAGCGCGAUUCUUCAACUCGCAAGUAUACUUCCCAUAUUUCUGAUGGUCUUAGGCGACCCCUGGCAAAUCGUCAUUUGACCCCCAACGGGGUUGCGACCCACAGGUUGAGAACCGCUGCCUUAGAGGUAUUCUACUCCAACUCCCUGCCCAAGCAAGAGACCCUUCUCUCCUACUCCUCCUUAGAAUAACAGAGUUGGAAGAGACCUUGGAGGUCUUCUAGUCCAGCUCUCCUCCUCAAGCAGGAAGCCCUGUUUGUCAACCAACCUCUGAUGGUCUUUUUGGUUUUGAGACUUUUAGACCUUAGACAGGGAAGGAAGAGUGAAACAAGUCAGCUUUCAAAUGUUUGUCUGUGCCUCUGUUUUAACUCGGGUGCGUUUGUCGGACGCAAGCUGAGAAACCUACAAUUGAAUUGUAGUCUCCAUUCCUGCAGAAACUCUGCAGAAGUUCCUGCAGAAACUCAAAAUAGCUCUCCAGCUAAGCUAGGUUUUUGUUCUAACCAUCACAUUCUCCAUUUUUCAACAGAACUAAAAAUUUUGUGCUGCCGUUUGGAAUUGUGGGCUACACGGAUGAUAUAUAUAUACAUAUAUAUAUAUGUAGGUCUUUGGUUGUUCGGGUUUUCUCCCGUGUAAAAUUGGAAGUGUCUUGGCGACGUUUCGACGUUGCUCCCAGAAGCACGAAGCUGAAGCCUGAAGAUGACGAAUGAGACUUCGUCGAAACGUCGCCAAGACACUUCCAAUUUUACA